AUGAUCUGCUGCCGCCGGUUCCUCCUCCUCCUGCUCGCCGCGCCGCGACGCGCGUCGCGCAUCAAGGACCUGGGCCCGCGGGACCUCGUCGUCGUCGUCCACAGCGGCCUCGUCGAGGACGGCAACACGAGCCGGCGCCUGCCCUGGCUCGACGCGAGCGUGCCCCACGUCAUCGUCGGCGGCGCCAAGGGCGACGACGAGGUCUGGGGCAUGGGCCGCAAGCUCAUGUACGUGAACUACGACGACAACCCGGGCUGCGCGGACACGCACUGCGCGAAGCCCACGUACGAAAGAAUAGGAAAAUAUUUCGGCGCGCACCGCACGGUCGCCGGGGUCCUCGUGGCCAACGACACGUGGCCGGACAGCAAGUGGCUCCUCGUCGUCGACGACGACAACCACGUCGAGCUGAACCAGGUCGCGACGUAUCUAGCCGCGUUAGACGCCACGGUGCCGCUCCUCCUCGCGGGCCGCGUCGGCCCGGGCCACAACGAGGUGCCCUGCCGCGCGAGCAGCAACGCCACGCACUGGUCCUGCUGCAGCGACCCCUCCGGCCCCUGCCGCGCCCGCGUGUCCGGGCCCCAGGCCAUCUGGGAGUACGACAAGGCCGCGCGGACGUUCCUACCGCAAAUCUGCCCGGACCGCGGUGUCACGAACUACUGCUGCCGCACGACGCCCUGGCCCGCGGGCGUCUCGCGGGGCUACCCCUACCGCGUCGACGGCGACGGCGCCUUCCGGCCCCACUUCGCGAAGCUCUGGCCCUACGGCGGCGCGGGCUACGUGCUCUCGCGGGGGCUCCUCGACGCGAUCCCGCGGGCGCACUGGGAGCACUGCAUGUACGCGCUCCAGUGCGCGAACGCGGACCACCGCGUCAUGACCUGCGUCCUCGCGGCGGGCUACUCCGUGACGCGCCACGGCGACCGCAUCCCGGGCAUCGUCCACCACGUCCGCGGCCAGAGCGGCCACGAGAACGUGCUCAACUCGCACCAGCGCGCGCACCUCCACGCGGACCACCCGAACAUGGUCGCCAUGACGAAGUCGCGCCACCGGGGGCCCAUGCCCGCGGACCCGCGCGCGCCGUAA